AUGCCACGUGAGUACAAGACGGUAGAAGAUUCUGCUCGUAAGGCGAUCAUUAUGAAGGCUAAAGAAGGUGGUAAUGGUUGGAUCAGUUUUGCUAAGGAGUUGGGCGUCAAACGGACUACUGCCUAUCAAAUCGUUAAGAAGAAUAGAGAAGAGAAGGGAUCCUGGGGUGGAAGAAGAGAGAAGACAGUGAAGGUCACCGCGGAGCUGAGUCGUCAAGUCUUGGAAGCCGUUGACGAGAACCCUUCUAUCACAUUGAAGAGCAUCCGCGGGAAGAUCGGCAACGCUCUGAGUACUUCCACUAUUGAUCGUAUCCUGGAUGGCAGUCUCAUGACUCUGAAGCUGGUAACGCCGGUGCCAAUCGACAAGAAUAAUGCUGCUAAUAUCGCUAAGAGGCGUACCUACUGCCAGGAUUAUCAGGCUGAGGUUCGUAAGAAGGUUCACAUCGACGAGUCAAAUUAUAAUCUUUGGACUCGAAGAUCUUAUGCGAGAUCUGUGGUCGGAGAACGAGCCAAGAGGAAGGAGAGAACUGCUAAAGGUAGGAAUCUCAAUAUUUUAUUGGCGAUAAGUGACGAUGGAAAUGUCGUACACCACGAAAUCCAUGUCGGAUCGGUGACCGAUAAGUUCAGAGAUUUCAUGGGUCGGGUUUCUGCUGCUCUUAAUGGCGAAAAUGCUGUCAUUUAUAUGGAUAAUGCGCCUAUACAUAAAAAAUUAGCGAAUUUUCAGCUAGUGGCGAAUAAUCUGGAGGUUAGGAGAUUCGACAGUCCGUAUUCGCCUGAACUUAAUCCAUGUGAAGGAUGUUUCUCUGUGAUCAAAGCCUAUAUCAAGGAGAAGUUGAGUGAGAGGGACCCGAUGACAGAUAGGCAGAGAGCUGAAGAGCAACACAUGUAUUUAUACCAGUAUCGAGAAAAUAUGCUGCGAGGAAUGUGUGAUGAUGCUAUGCAAGAGCUUACCACUGACAAGAUAAGAGCCAUGUAUAGGCUAUCGGAUACUUGGGUGAACAAAGGGAGUCAAGGGGUCGCUUUUUGA